UCCGCGCCUGCGCAGUUUUGACCCACGCGACUUGGGGGAGGGGCGGGGGUGUGUGCCCUGCAGUGCAUCCUGGGAGGGCGGCUGGGCCGCGGGCUUUGUUUCCCGCUGUGGCGUUGCGUGAGAUUUACCGACGGUCUUGAGGGGCGUCACGGUUCCGGGGUUCUGGGUCCCGGCUGCCGACGGGGAUCCUCCAGCGGCCCGUCCACGCCGCCAGCAUGUCCGGGGUGCGCGCCGUGCGCAUCAGCAUCGAAUCGGCCUGCGAGAAGCAGGUCCAGGAGGUGGGCCUGGACGGCACCGAGACCUACCUGCAGCCGCUGUCCAUGUCCCAGAACUUGGCGCGUCUGGCGCAGCGGAUCGACUUCAGCCAGGGUUCCGGCUCCGAGGAGGAGGAGGCGUCCGGGCCCGAGGGCGACUCGCAGGACUGGGCGGGCGCUGGGUCCAGCGCGGACCAGGACGACGAGGAAGGGCUGGUAAAAUUUCAGCCUUCCCUUUGGCCUUGGGACUCAGUGAGGAACAAUUUGAGAAGUGCCCUGACAGAGAUGUGUGUUCUCUACGAUGUGCUUAGUAUUGUUAGGGAUAAAAAAUUUAUGACUCUUGAUCCCGUCUCUCAGGAUGCACUUCCUCCAAAACAGAAUCCUCAGACGUUGCAGUUGAUAUCUAAAAAGAAGUCACUUGCUGGAGCAGCACAGAUCCUAUUGAAGGGGGCGGAAAGACUGACUAAAUCAGUUACUGAAAACCAAGAAAACAAGCUACAAAGAGACUUCAAUUCUGAGCUUUUGCGAUUAAGGCAACACUGGAAACUUAGAAAAGUUGGAGAUAAAAUUCUUGGAGAUCUGAGCUACAGGAGUGCAGGAUCUCUCUUUCUCCAUCAUGGUACAUUUGAAGUAAUAAAGAAUACAGAUAUUGAUCUGGAUAAAAAGAUACCUGAAGAUUACUGUCCCCUUGACGUCCAAAUUCCUAGUGAUUUGGAGGGGUCUGCAUAUAUUAAGGUUUCAAUUCAAAAACAGGCUCCAGACAUAGGUGAUCUUGGUACAGUUAACCUCUUCAAACGACCUUUGCCCAAAACUAAACCAGGUUCCCCACAUUGGCAGACAAAAUUAGAAGCAGCACAGAAUGUUCUCUUGUGUAAAGAAAUUUUUGCACAGCUUUCUCGGGAAGCCGUUCAAAUUAAAUCACAGAUCCCUCACAUUGUGGUGAAAAACCAGAUUAUCUCUCAGCCCUUUCCAAGUUUGCAGUUAUCUAUUUCUUUGUGCCAUUCUUCAAAUGAUAAGAAAUCACAAAAAUCUGCUACUGAGAAGCAAAGUCCUGAAGACCACCUUUAUGUCCUCGAGCAUAAUUUGCAUCUACUGAUUAGGGAGUUUCAUAAACAGACCUUGAGUUCUGUCAUGAUGCCUCAUCCAGCAAGUGCACCUUUUGGCCACAAGAGAAUGAGACUUUCAGGUCCUCAAGCCUUUGAUAAAAAUGAAAUCAAUUCAUUACAGUCCAGUGAAGGACUUCUGGAAAAAAUAAUUAAACAAGCAAAGCAUAUUUUUCUGAGAAGUAGAACUGCUGCGACCAUUGACAGCUUAGCAAGUCGAAUUGAGGACCCUCAGAUACAGGCUCAUUGGUCCAAUAUCAAUGAUGUUUACGAAUCUAGUGUGAAAGUUUUAAUCACAUCACAAGGCUAUGAACAGAUAUGCAAGUCCAUUCAGCUGCAAUUGAACAUUGGAGUCGAGCAGAUCCGGGUUGUACACAGAGAUGGAAGAGUAAUUACACUCUCUCAUCAGGAACAGGAGCUGCAGGAUUUUCUUCUGUCUCAGAUGUCACAGCAUCAGGUACAUGCAGUCCAGCAGUUAGCCAAGGUCAUGGGCUGGCAGGUGCUGAGCUUCAGCAAUCACAUGGGACUUGGACCCAUAGAGAGCAUUGGCAAUGCUUCCGCCAUCACUGUGGCCUCCCCGAGUGGUGACUAUGCUAUUUCAGUUCGUAAUGGACCUGAAAGUGGCAGCAAGGUUAUGGUUCAGUUUCCCCGUAACCAGUGUAAAGACCUUCCAAAAAGUGAUGUUUUACAAGAUAGUAAAUGGAGUCAUCUUCGUGGACCAUUCAAAGAAGUUCAGUGGAAUAAAAUGGAAGGUCGAAACUUUGUUUAUAAAAUGGAGCUGCUUAUGUCUGCACUUAGCCCUUGUCUGCUAUGAUUUUUUUCCAGAACAGUUUCCACAUUUUUUUCUAGAGAAGUUUGCAGAAACUUGGACUUGAAAUGUAUGCUGAUCAACUACAAGCACAAGGAAGCAAUAACCUCCAAAGGUGUAUUGUUUUUAAAAAAUAAUAAUUGGCAAAUGUUUACUCAGCAUUUUGAAACCUUUCACUUUGUAAGUGACAAGUGCUUUGAAAUGCAGAAGUAUGUACAGUUUUAGGAUACACAGUAUGGGGAGAUGUAAAAUAAUACAUUUUUUAUUUGGUUGAAUAAAUGUUACUAAUUUAAGGGUUUGAAUUUGCUUUUUAAAAUAUUCUUUCUUUGCUGUUGACUUCACAUAAGGU